ACAGGCAAACUUAUAAUAUAUAUAUCUAAAAAGAAAAAGUGAAAAGCAGAACAAAGCAUAAUACAAGUGCAUAUAUAUAGCACAUUAGGAAUGACAUCAACUGCACACUCGAGAAGAACAACACUUUCUUAAAACAAAGAUUCCUGAAAAUGGUUGAUGCUUUUGUAUCAUUUGCAGUUGAAAAGCUGGGCAAUUUCCUCAUACAAGAAGUUGCCUUGCGCAGAAGUCUGAGAGAGAAUGUGCAGUGGCUGAGAAAUGAGCUGCUAUUCAUGCAAUCUUUCUUCAAAGAUGCAGAAGAAAAGCAAGUUGAAGAUCUAAGAGUUCAACAAUGGAUAUUUGAAAUCAGCUCUAUUGCUAAUGACACCGUCGCUAUAUUGGAGACUUAUAGCUCCAAUGUGGCAGGAAAAGGCAGUACUGAUCAUGGAUUUGCUAGUCGUCUUAAGUCUUGCGCUUGCAUCUGUAGGAAGGAGACCAAACUCUACAAUGUCGGCAAGGAGAUCCAAUCCCUCAAGAAACGCAUCAUGGAUAUCUCUCGCAAACGAGAGACUUAUGGUAUCAGAAAUAUCAAUAUUAUUGCAGGAGAAGGGCCAAGUAAUAGGUCUAACAAUCGGUCCGCUCUGAUUAGAACAUUGAGGAGAACUACCUCCUAUGCAGAUGAUCAGGAUCAGAUUUUUGUUGGCUUUCAGGAAGUCAUUGAAAGAUUUCUUGCUGAACUUCUCAAAGAAGAGCCUCGACAAAGUGUCAUCUCCAUUUAUGGUAUGGGUGGUAUAGGCAAGACCACUCUUGCAAGAAACCUCUACAACUCCCCUAGUCUAAUCACUAGCUUCCCAACACGCGCUUGGAUAUGUGUUUCUCAAGAGUUCAACACCCCAGAUCUCCUACGAAAUAUCAUAAAAUCCAUCCAAGGUUGCACCAAAGAAAUUCUAGAUUUGUUGGAGAAGAUGACAGAGAGAGAUUUAGAAAGUUACCUUCGUGAUCUAUUGAAAGAGCGCAAGUACCUUUUGGUGGUUGAUGAUGUAUGGCAUAAAGAGGCAUGGGAAAGUUUGAAAAGAGCAUUCCCAGAUAGCAAGAAGGGCUGCAGAGUUAUUAUUACCACGCGCAAGGAGGAUGUGGCUGAAAGUGCGGACAACAAAGGUUUUGCAUAUAAACUUCGUUUCCUAGGACAAGAAGAAAGUUGGGACCUCUUCUGCAAGAAGCUGCGUCGCGUAGACAAGUUUGACAACAUUGGGUGGUCUCCAGCAAUGGAAAGAAUAGCUAGCGAAAUGGUGGAAAGAUGUGGAGGCUUACCGCUUGCCAUUGUUGUACUAAGCGGGUUACUUUCCCAUAAAAAAGGACUAGUAGAAUGGAAAAAAGUGAAGGCACACCUUUGGCGUCACAUACAGAAUAACUCAAUUGAGAUCUCUCACAUUUUAUCAUUAAGCUACAAUGAUUUGUCAACAGAGCUCAAGCAAUGUUUUCUUUAUUUUGGUAUUUUUCCAGAAGAUAGUGUGAUCAACACAGAAAAGUUGAUGUGCUUGUGGAUGGCCGAGGGCUUCAUACCUAGAGUGGGAGAAAGAAUGGAGGACGUCGCUGAGGACUUCCUAAAUGAGCUAGUAAGACGAAGCUUGAUUCAAGUGGCAAAAACAUUUUGGGAGAAGAUUAUUGGAUGUAGAAUCCAUGACCUACUUCGGGAUCUUGCCGUGAAAAAGGCCACAGAGGUAAACUUGUUCGAUAUUUAUGAUCCAAGAAAGCACUCUGUGCCCCUCUCGCGCCACAGACACGCCAUUCAUGCUCAAGCACAAAGGUACCUCUCACUUGACUUUUCAACAUUGAAGUUAAGGACACUUUUGUUCUUUGAUGUAGAAAUAGGUAGCCAGGACAGUAAGAAGUUUACUUCUUACUGCAAUAUGUUCCAACAUCUGUAUGUGCUAGAUUUGGAGAGAAUCCGUUUCACUCAACCUGCACUACCUGAUGCCAUAGGCAAUCUGGUCCAUCUUAAGUUCUUAGGUUUGCUAGGUGCUAAUGACUUUAAACUCCCACCCUCCAUUGGCAAACUCAAAAACUUACAAACUCUCCAAGUUUUGAACCCUGAUCGUAGCUCAUGCAUACUACCUCCCCAGAUGUCUAACCUAAUAAACUUGAGACAUUUAAUUGCUCGAUAUGAAGGAGCUGUGCAGCUCAGCAAGCUUACAAGUCUACAAACUCUUAAAUACAUUCGUUGUGAUCGUUUGAAAUAUGAUGAUGCUGUAGGUUUACUCAAUCUUCAAGAAUUAGUCAUGGAAAAAGUUAUGAACUCUUACUCGCUGAAUGUCAUUGGCAGCUUGAAAAGUCUUAGAACUCUCAUAUUGGGUUGCGAAUAUGGUGAACCAUUUCCACCCCUUGAACCUCUUUCUUCUUGUCAAAACCUCAACAAAUUAUGGUUACACGGGAAAAUAGAAAAACUUCCUCUCUCAGAUCAGUUGCCAAAAUCCAUCACAAUGAUGGUGCUUUGGAGCUCAAGACUCGUUGAAGAUCCAAUGCCUAUUUUGGGAAUGUUGUCAAAUCUAAGGAACCUCGACUUAGUAGACGCUUAUGAAGGAAAAGAGAUUACCUGCAAUGAUGACAGUUUUGGUCAGCUCGAAUUCCUUCGUCUUUCUAAACUUCGGGGCUUAGAAAGGUGGCAUUUUGCCGCAACUGCUAUGCCUUUGAUCAAAGGUUUUGGUAUACUUGGUUGUUCGAAGCUGCAGGAGAUUCCAAAAAGAAUGAAACGUGUUGCUCUACUUGAGAUAAUGAAAAUGGAAACAGAGGCACGUUAUCGCUUCCCAGGUUUCUAUAUAUGAUUGUUCGAGGCUACUCUGAAGCUUUUGAUCAUGGAUAUUCACAUUUUCACCUCAUACGUAAUCGCGAAGGUACUUACAAAUAAAAUUUCAAUCCAUACUGACCAUUUAUUUGAUUCGUUAUACUCGUUCUAUAUCAGUUUUCUAUAACUUCUGUUGAUCUUUUCAUCUAAAUAAAUUUUUGUACAACAGUUUAAUCUUUAUACAGUGACAUCAUAAAAGAUCUUUCACAUUUUCAUGAUACUUAAAGACCACCUAUAAGUAACUGUAUGUAUAUAUUGUAACCGAGUAUCAUGAAAAUUAUAAUUAAUAGUUCUAAAUAAUGUCAAUCUUUUUGUCUUUUUUAUAAUACUAAUGGUGGAACUGUUUAAUGUAAUUUAGAUGAAAGAGGAGAGGCUUGCAGAAAAUGGGCAACUUCGGUCGAAGAUGCCAAAUUCUCAAGAACUCCAAGACAUCUGUUUGAAUGACAUUAGCUUUAAAAGUAAGAAGUAAGCAUGUUUGUGGCAACCUUAGAGAUUGCCUCAACACUGUCAAUGUGAGAUUUUAUAGGGCUUAUGCCUGGUCAGAUUGUUGUAUUUCCUUUCUAAAAGCUUCAGUUUCUGCAAGAUUUGGUUUAUUUAGUUAUUUAAGGUUAAUUAGGGUCUUCUGCCAAUUUGGUUUGUUACUUUUCUGAGUCUUAAGGUAAUAUUGAGAUUUAUGUUCGAGUUUUUGGGAUGAAGUUUUCGUGAUCAUUACGCCAGAAAAUUACAUUACUGUUGAGUAGGAAUCUGUUCCUGUUGGUUGAAUUGGUAAAAAGAAACUGUAAUUCAUACUGAAUCCAGAUAUAGUUGGGAGAAAGGGAUCAGAGUCAUAAAGUCUGUUCCUGAACUGCUAGCAGUUCAUUACUAACUUUACUCGGAAAACUUGAAAGUGAAACUGUGCAUUACAUACAACCAGAGAAUGGAAAAUCUACAGCAACUUCCACUUCAUUCAGAAGAGAGAAAAUAGAGAGAAAUCUGCUAUCAUUGAACUCUUCACAACAACAACAACAACCCAGUAAAAUCCCACUAAUGGG